AUGUUAGCUGAGAGGCAGGUGGGGACUUUGCCUAAGAAUACGGAGUCCAACCCAAGAGAGCACGUGAAGGCUAUCACUUUGCAAUCAAGUAAGCAACUAUCUAGUUCUAUUCCUAUUCUUGAUAAUGAUGAUGUUGUGCAGGUAUGCGAAGUUCUUAAGGAGAUCCUUAGCAAUAAGAGGAAGUUAGAGGACUUGGCGAUCGUGACCCUUAAUGAGGAGUGUUUGGCUAUACUUCAAAACAAAUUGCCAAAGAAGAAGCAUGAUCCAGGGAGUUUUACUAUCCCUUGUGUGAUUGGUGAUUUGACAAUUAAAAAUGCUUUACCUGACUUAGGAGCUUGCAUUAAUUUAAUUAUGUACAGUUUGUUUACCAAGUUAGGGCUGGGUGAGACUAAACCCACUAGGACGAGCAUACAAUUAGCUGAUAGGACUGUUAAGUAUCCUAGGAGUAUUGUAGAGGAUGUACUUGUUAAGGUUGACAAAUUUAUAUUUCCUGUUGACUUUGUGAUCAUGGACAUGGAUGGUGAAAGUAAUGUACCUUUGGUUCUUGCAAUGUUUAGGAUUAUUAUAGAUGUUUAUGAUGGAAAGCUUGGACUUAGAGUAGGGGAUGAAACUAUCACUUUUGAUUUGAACAAUUCUAUGAGACAGUCCUUAGAUCAUGAUGAUAAGGAUGAGCAUGAGCUAUCCAAUGAGAGUGUAUUGGAGCAACUUGCAUUUUUGUUAGCUAAUGAACCAAGCAAGAAUACAGAUAAGGUUGUUGAGAUUGACGUGAUAGGUGUGCAGAAAUUGAGGCCAUCACUUGAGGAACCAACAGUAUUUGAGUUGAAAGAGCUCCAAAAGCAUCUUAACUGUGCAUAUCUGGAUGAGGACAACAAGUUUCCUAUCAUUCUAGCAGCGGACUUGACACUCGAGGAGAGGGAGAGGACUUUGGCCUUUCUUAGGAAGUACCAGAAGGCGUUUUCUUGGAAAAUUGAUGACAUUCUUGGGAUUAGUCCUAGCUAUUGCUCGCACAAGAUCCUUAUGAAGGAUAGUUACAAGCCAAUGGUGGUUCCCAAGAAGGGAGGUAUGACUGUAGUUAAAAAUGAGAAGGACGAGCUUAUACUGACUAGAACGGCAAUGGCCUUUCGAGUUACUUCCAGAUUCCCAUUGCACCUGAAGACUAAGAGAAGACAACCUUCACUUGCCAAUAUGGCUUUUAAGUUGUUGAAGGAGAAACUAACCACAGCCCCGAUUAUGGUUUCACCUAAUUGGGAGCUGCCAUUUGAGCUUUUGUGCGAUUCUAGUGAUUUUGCAAUUGGAGUUGUUUUAGGACAGAGGAGAGAUAAGAAGUUCCGACCAAUCUACUAUGCUAGCAAAACAUUGACUGAUGCUCAAGAGCACUACACCACCACUGAAAAGGAGCUUCUAGUUGUUGUUUUUGCAUUUGACAAGUUCAGAUAUUAUUUGGUGCUAUCAAAGACAGUGGAGUUCGAUAUUGAGAUCAAGGAUAAGAAAGGUACUGAGAACUUGGCAGUAGACCACCUUUCUAGGCUAGAAAAUGCGACUUUGGAGGCACUUUAUGAGAGGGCAAUUGAUAAUUUUUCGAAUGAGUUCUUAUGCUCAAUUCAGGUUAAUUCUAAUAUCCCUUGGUUUUUUGAUUUUGUAAACUAUCUAGUUGCUGAAGUCCUUCUGAAGGGUAACAUCUCUGCUCGUGAUGAGAUGCCACAAACGAGCAUUCAAGCUGUUGAGAUGCAUGCUAAAGAUCAGGUAAAUAGAGACAGUGGCAGCUUAACGAGUUGGAUGACUGGCGUAACCAAGCAUAUGGCAACUCCUUAA